UUACGUAUGAUUGUUAUGUGGAUAUGAUUUUUUAAGUUGACUUUUUACUGUAAUUGUGAUUUGUACGGUGAUUCGAUCGUUUCAAAAUGUCGGUUGCUGAAUUCCUGAAGGGUUUGCCUUCACAUAACGAAAAUAAUUUUGCCAAUUUUCAUACGGACAAUGGAAAUAGAACUUGUGUUAAAAAACCUUCUGUUUACCUCCCUACAAAAGAUCAUCCUUCUGAACAAAUUAUAGUUACUGAAAAAACAACCAUAUUGUUAAGGUACCUCCACCAGCAAUGGGACAAAAAGAACGCAGACAGGAAACGAGAUUUUUUAUCUGCUAAUGGUGACUCUGAAGAUGAUUCUGCAACAGUUCGUAACAAAAGGCCACGUCUUGAUGGUAAUAAUAUUCUUUAAAAUGUAUUGCACAAUUUUGGUUUCCACUAUUCAAUGAAGUACAUUUUUAUGUGAUCAAGAUAAACCAUAUAAACAGCAACAUGGG